ACUCUUCACUUUCCACCUCUGCUUGCUUACUCCCAUGCACAUUUCCACACACACUACACGCACUAACUCUGCUUUUUCCAACCUCUGAAUUUCCAAUUUCUUCAAUUUCUUCGCAUCGGAUUAUGCGCUUUCUUCAAUUGCUCCCUCUCAGUCGUCAAAUUCCUAAUUCCGCAGUUUAAUCGAAGCAAAUUGAGCUUUUUUUACAUGAUUAGGGUUUGGAGCUGAAACAGAGUCCAUCAAUUGACUUCGGAAAGGGGGAAAUUGAGAAAUGCAGCACGCGAAAUCGGAAUCCGAUGUGACGAGCUUGGCGCCGUCGUCGCCGUCGAGGUCGCCGAAGAGGCCGGUGUACUACGUGCAGAGCCCGUCGCGGGACUCGCACGAUGGGGACAAGUCGUCGUCCAUGCACGCGACGCCCAAUUUCAACAGCCCCAUGGAGUCCCCCUCGCACCCCUCCUUCGGCCGCCACUCGCGCAACUCCUCCGCCAGCCGGUUCUCCGGGAUUUUCCGGUCGUCGUCGGGGCGGAAGGGCGGCCGCAGCAAGCGCAACGACAAGGGGUGGCCCGAGUGCGAUGUGAUCGUGGAGGAGGGGAAUUACGACGAGUUCGACGAUGAUAAGGCCUACACGCGGCGCUGCCAGAUUUUGCUGGCGCUGUUGGGGUUCGUUGUGCUGUUUACGGUCUUCUGCUUGAUCAUCUGGGGCGCCGGGAGGCCGUUCAAGGCUGAGGUUGCUGUCAAGAGCUUGGCGGUCAACAACAUGUACAUUGGCUCGGGUGCAGACUUCACCGGAGUUCCUACAAAGAUGCUAAAUGUGAAUGGUUCCUUGAGGAUCAGUGUGUACAAUCCUGCUACAUUCUACGGCAUUCAUGUUACUGCAACACCGGUCAAUCUCAUCUACUCUGAUGUCGUUGUUGCAACAGGGGAGCUGAAGAAAUACUAUCAACACCGGAAAAGUCACAAGAAUGUGGUGGUGCACAUAGAGGGAACUCGAGUCCCCUUAUACGGGGCUGCAUCGAAUCUAGAAGUUAAAGCUGGCGGCGCUGUCCAGGUUCCACUGACGUUGGAGUUUGAAGUAAGAACACGAGGUGAUGUGGUCGGGAAGUUGGUGAGGACAAAGCACCAUAGAAGAGUCUCGUGCCCAUUAAUCAUUGAUUCGACCAGCAACAAGGCCAUCAAGUUCAAGAAGGAUGCUUGCACUUACAGCUGAAGUAGCUGCUGAAACCACAUUUUGAAGCAAAAUUCUUUUUUUGGGUUUUAACUUAGGAAAUGUGAAACUUCCCAUUUCGAAAGAUUGUGGUAAUAACAUUGAGAGCUGUAAAGAAUGUGAAAGAUUGUGGUAUUAGUUGUGUAUCAUGUAUAAUAUGCCAAGAAAUUCAAUUGAAUAAGAUGUCACUUUUCAAUA